UUCUCUUAUAAAUAGUGUUUUAACUAAAUAUAUACAUAUUUAUAUAUAUAAAAACAUAUAAAUAUAUAUACACACAUAUAUUUAUAUAUAUUUGUAUAUAUGUAUUUGUAUAUAUUAUUGUAUUUGUUUACAUAUUAUGGAUCUUAAUAUCUGUCUUUAUUGUGAAAAACCAUUAAUUGAAGAAAAUAUAUAUUUUUGUUCGUUAACUUGUCAAUCUAACGAAGCCUCUAAACCGAAUUGUAAAAAUAGCAAUAUAACAUACUCACCAUCUUCUCGGCUGCUAUCUAAUCGAUAUAAUCAAUCAACCACUCGAAUAGGGUCUUCCUAUGAAAUAUGUUACUAUCGACGUUCUUCUUCAAGCCUUGCUAUGUGUUAUUAUUCCCAACCGUUGACAUUUUCUACCUCCUCCUCCACUAGUAGUAAUUGUAGUAGUAGCAGUAAUUGUAGUAGCAGCAGUAGUAAUAAUAAUAACAAUGGAUCUUUUUUUUUUAAUAGAUGACAUUAAAAAAGGAACAUGAAUAAUUAUGUAUAGUUUCAUCAUAUUAUAUUCAAAAACCAAAAAACCAAAAAAAAAAAAUUGUACAUAAUACAUUACACCUUUUUAAAGUAUACAUAUACACAUACAUGAAUAAAUCAUUUAAACUUGUAUAAAAAAAAAAAAAGAAAAAC